AUGUCAUUAUUACAACAUCCUCAACCAUCAAAUAGAACAUCAAAUCUACAACAAAAUAAUCAUCAUAAUCAUAAUCAUAAUAAUCAAAAUGGAAGUAGUCUACCUAAACAUUUUAUACCGGAUGUGACGAAAAUACCAAUGGUAACUCCAAGACCGUCUAGCUCAACAUUACCAUUACAAUCUACAAAACAAAUUGGUACUCCACAACCACCACCAAUAAUAACUCAAGAUAUGAGAAAUCAAACCAAUUUACCAGAUAGUUUACCUCAAGUUAAAUGUAUUGCUAGAGCUCGUAUACCAACUACUCAAGGUCCUGAUAUUUUUUUACAUCUUUAUGAAAAUAAUAUUGAUAAUAAAGAACAUUUAGCCAUAGUAUUUGGUGAAGAUAUACGAAGUAGAUCAUUAUUUAAACAACAACCAGGAGAUACACAACAAGAUAGAAUGACAAGAGGUGCAUAUAUAGGAAAAUUAACUCCAGGGAGACAUAUUGCUGAUUCUUUCAUUGAUUCAAGAGGUAUUGAACAUAAACUUAAUUUUGAUCAGAAUGGAAAUUUAAUUGUUGAUAAAAAUACAUAUACUUUACCUUCAUUAGUAAGAAUACAUUCAGAAUGUUAUACAGGAGAAACAGCAUGGAGUGCAAGAUGUGAUUGUGGAGAACAAUUUGAUCAAGCUGGGAAAAUAAUGGGAGAACAAGGUCAUGGAUGUAUGGUUUAUUUAAGACAAGAAGGUCGUGGUAUUGGUUUAGGAGAAAAAUUAAAAGCUUAUAAUUUACAAGAUUUGGGUGCUGAUACUGUUGAAGCUAAUUUAAUAUUAAGACAUCCAGCAGAUGCAAGAAAUUUUUCAUUAGCUACUGCUAUAUUAUUAGAUUUGGGAUUAGUAGAGAUUAAACUUUUAACUAAUAAUCCAGAUAAAAUUAUAGCAGUUGAAGGUAAAUAUCAAGAAAUAAAAGUUAUUGAAAGAAUACCUAUGAUUCCUUUAAGUUGGAGUGUUGAAGGUAGAACUAAUGGUAAUGGUAUAAAAAGUAAAGAAAUUGAUGGUUAUUUAAGUACAAAAAUUGAAAGAAUGGGUCAUUUAUUGGAAAAGCCUAUAAAAAUUAAUAAUUAA